AAGUCCAGGAAGAAAUCUCCAGGAAUCGGGACAGUAUCGCUAUUUCCUCCACAGUGUCUUCUCAUCUGCCACAUCAGCGUUGACUUGUCGAGAUGGCUGAAAACAGAGAUAAAGCUACCGAUCAAAUGAAGACAUGGAAGGAGAACAGAAGCUCUCAGAGGCCAGACACACUGACCACAGGGGCCGGCCAUCCCAUUGGAGACAAGCUCAACCUGCAGACUGUAGGACCGAGGGGGCCGCUGCUGGUUCAGGAUGUGGUCUUCACAGAUGAGAUGGCCCACUUUGACCGGGAACGAAUCCCAGAAAGAGUGGUGCAUGCUAAGGGAGCAGGUGCAUUUGGAUACUUUGAGGUGACUCAUGACAUCAGUCGCUACUGCAAGGCCAAGGUGUUUGAGCAUGUCGGCAAGACUACACCAAUUGCUGUCCGCUUCUCCACUGUAGCUGGGGAAUCAGGAUCAGCAGACACAGUGCGAGACCCUAGAGGCUUCGCAGUCAAGUUUUACACUGAUGAAGGCAACUGGGACCUAACAGGAAACAACACCCCCAUUUUUUUCAUUAGGGAUGCCCUGCUGUUCCCGUCCUUCAUCCACUCCCAGAAGCGCAAUCCCCAAACCCACAUGAAAGACCCGGACAUGGUGUGGGACUUCUGGAGUCUGAGGCCUGAGAGUCUGCAUCAGGUGUCCUUCCUGUUCAGUGAUCGAGGUUUGCCAGAUGGCUACCGUUUCAUGAAUGGCUACGGCUCUCAUACCUUUAAACUGGUAAAUGCUAGUGGAGAGCGUUUCUACUGCAAGUUCCACUACAAGACUGAUCAAGGAAUAAAGAAUCUGCCAGUGGAUGAGGCAGAACGCCUGGUUUCCAGCAACCCAGAUUAUGCUAUUGGAGACCUGUUCAACGCCAUUGCCAAUGGAAACUUCCCGUCCUGGACCUUCUUCAUACAGGUCAUGACCUUUGAGCAGGCUGAGAAGUUCCAGUUCAACCCCUUCGACCUUACCAAGGUUUGGUCACAUAAAGAAUAUCCAUUGAUCCCUGUGGGGAAAAUGGUACUCAACAGAAACCCAGUCAACUACUUUGCAGAGGUGGAGCAGCUAGCCUUUGACCCCAGUAACAUGCCACCAGGCAUUGAGCCCAGCCCUGACAAGAUGCUGCAGGGUCGUCUCUUCUCCUACCCAGACACACAUCGACACCGUCUGGGAGCCAACUACCUGCAGUUACCCGUCAACUGCCCCUUCCGGGCCCGUGUGGCCAACUACCAGCGUGACGGUCCGAUGUGCAUGUUUGACAACCAAGGUGGAGCUCCAAACUACUUUCCCAACAGCUUUAGUGCCCCAGAAACCCAGCCUCGAUUCAUGGAGUCCAAGUUCCAGAUGUCUGGAGAUGUGGCACGUUACAACAGUGCAGAUGAUGAUAAUGUCACACAGGUUCGUGAGUUCUACACUCAGGUGCUGAACGAAGAGGAGCGUCAGAGACUUUGCCAGAACAUGGCAGGAGCCCUGAAAGGGGCCCAGCUCUUCAUCCAGAAGCGCAUGGUCGAGAACUUGAAGGCUGUCCAUGCAGACUAUGGAAACAGAGUUCAGGCCCUUCUCAACAAGUACAAUGCAGAGACCCAGAAGAACUCACCUGUGCGUGUCUACAGCCGUCCAGGAGCAUCGACCAUCGCAGCGUCCUCCAAGAUGUGAUUCCUUAAAUUUCCACUAGGGGACCUCCCCUCAUUUCUCUGAGAACAAAAUGCACUUACAUAAUUAUCAACUGCUACUACCAGUCACAGGAUAUGGACUUAACUUGCCAAUCAAAUAUAAGACUGAAAUACUUACUAUAGGGUUCUUUUUUAAUUGAACCAAUUAAUGCAGCUUAUGGUUUUCUUACAUACCAUAAAAAAUGGUGUAUAAGACGCACCUUUAACACAAUAUUUUUUCAUUUAAAAGUAAGGGGUGUAAAAUACAGAGAGAGGUUGGAUCUGGAUAUGAUCAUAUGUGUAAAAGGCCGUCCAUACUAAGAAUGAUAACUAUAAAAGUAAAGAUAAUGAUGUGAGCCUCCACACUCAUGAACUAUACCGUCCUAUAUACCAUAUACAGCGGUGUCAAGCAUGCGCUGCAUACUCCAGCUGUGUCGGCAGCUAAUGAAAAUAGAUAGACUAUUGAUGACCUGUUAAUGCUGUAUGUUGUGCAGGAAAAUGAUUGUGUUUUGAUCAGAAGUAUUUCGGUACACUCAUCUUUAAUAGAAAAGUGUUUUUCCCAAGCAUGAGAAAAUAGAUAGAUUGCGUCUUAUACACCAGUUUUUACGGUAUUUGUUUGCUCUGAAAAUAAACUAAGUGAAAAUAUAUAAUCCAUUGCCUUAACAAUAAGUUAAUAAAAGACUAUAGCAAAACUAGAGAUCAAUUCAUCAUGCCUUAGCUCUCUGGGUCACUCAGUCUGAGGAAAAAAGCCUUUAAGUUAUUUUUGUCUUGAUUGACCAGUUAAACAUGACUUUUUGUAAUGAUUAAAAAGUAGUCCACAUUUAUGUUUAAUUUUGACCAAUGACUAGUAACACCAAACACCUUGUUGGAGUUGUAUGUGCAUUUCACUUUGACUGCAGUAAUGACUGAAUCUCAGCCCUUGGUAAAUGCUAUGAAGCGUAAUGAUUGUUUCUAAUAAUUCCUCAGGUUGUGUGAAUACUACUAUGUCAUGUUUUCUUUUGCUAAAGUUAAGAAAAAUGCAUCCAGAGCUACUCUAAAUGUCCUCUUGCAACAUUAAAACAAUAUUUGUGGGGGGAAAAAAGAUUUUGAUCGGCUUAUGAGAGUGUUUUUUUCUUUUCAGUAUGGGCCAUAAAUAGUUUUGGCCACAUUUAUUUUUGCCUGACUGAACAAUAGACAAUAUGAAUACAUAGCAGACUAUAAUUACUUAUGAGAAAACAAACUGGAUUUCAUCUUAAAUGGGCAGAAAUGGCAAUAUGAAAUAAUUUAUUGAGAAAACAGGAUAUUUUUUAAGUUUUCCCACAUGCCAUUAGUGACCUAAUAAUGAAAGAUUUAAAUGAGUGUUGAAUUUGAUUCUUUCAUCCUCAGUUCAGACUCAUCUUUGAACGAGAUCAAAGAUUCCCAACAGGAUGCAAACAUGGUAAAAUCAAAAGUAUAACUGUUCAUAUGAAUUAGUUACAUAUCCUGCUACUGAUGUGUAUUCAUAAACUAAUCUGAAUGUAAUGUUUUUUUUAUUAAUAUAAAAGUUGUGAACUUCUUUGGGAUGAGAUGUGUAUUUAGUGCGUAUCAAUUAUUUUGUAAUUAAAGCUUAUUAGCAGCUUUC